GGACGUCAUUUUGUCUGUGUCAAUCACGUCAACAAUACUCCACAACGGAACAAACGUACUAAAAAAAGUCAACAAUACUCAAUUGAAUUUACAUUUGCAUUGCAAUAUUUCAUAAUAAUUUGCAAUUUUUUGUUCUGUGUAAUGGUUAAUAGUUGUUAGAUAUUUGUUUACCUUUGUUUUAUAAAUAUUUAAUAAUAAUAUUGGAUACUUUCUUAAAUCUGAGAAAAGGAGAAAAGAAAAUGCGCCCUAAAAUAGAUCAAGCUUCUAUAAUUAUUUUAGACGUUGGAAAAAAUGUCGCUAUGUCAGAAGAAACGCCGGGUAAAAGUUUCUUUGAUGAAGCGAAGGCAUGUGCGGCUCGAGUUUUGGAAAGAAAAAUUAUGAGUCAAGGAAAAAAUCUUGUCGGAAUUGUACUGUUGGGUUCAAAAAAGACCAAAAACAAUAUGGCAGAGAUGUCUGAUGGUACUUUCAAAUACAUUGAAAUGCUAGCCGAGUUACAGCCCCCUAGUUGGAAACUAAUUCGUGAUUUGCCAGACGAACCCUCCAAAAAGAAAGGUGAUUGGAUAGAUGCUUUAUUGGUUGCUGCUGACCACUUUAAGAAUGGAGUGAGUAAUGUUAGAAUUGUAGAUAAAAAGAUCAUAUUAAUGACUAACUUCAAAGCACCAACUUAUGUUGAAGCUGAUGAAAUUAACCAAGUACUUGAUGGUUUUAAAAAGGAGGGAUUUGAAGUUGAUGUAAUAGGUCCUGAUAUCUAUGGAAAAUCUGAAAAAUAUGAAGAGGAAAACUUUGAAAUAGCUCGUAAUUUUGUUGAAAAUACUGAUGGUGCAACAGCAACAUUUGAAAAUACUAUGCGAUAUUUAUUGUUUCACAAAAAGAAAUCUGUUAGUGCAAUGUCAUGGAAUGUUGAUUUAAGUAUAGGUCCAAAUAUCAAAAUACCUAUCUCAUCAUUUGUUAGGUCUAAAGAUGAACCGCCUAUAAACAAAUGGCGGACAGCUGUAAAAGAUCCAAUUAGUACCACAGCUAGUUCUACAGAAGGUAUUUUGAAACAGAAAACAUACAUAACAGAAAAUCAGAACAAUGUUAAAGAAGAAGAUAUAAUAAAAGGAUACCAUUAUGGUCAAACUAUAAUUCCUGAUGCUGAUAUGAAUAACUCCUCAUAUGAGUCUGGUGAAAAAUGUUUGUCCAUUUAUGGUUUUACUGAUAAAGGCAAUGUCAAAUGGGAAAACUUAAAUGGUAAUGGUAUAUCAUAUAUAUUUGGACGAAAAGGUGAUAAUAAAGCCCAAUAUGCUGUAAGAUGUCUUGUAGAAUGUCUUCAUGAAUUGAAUUUGGUUGGCAUUGCUAGACGUGUGUAUAACAAUGGGAAUGCACCCAAAAUGUAUGUUCUUUUUCCUGUAAUAGAUACUAAUGAUUAUAUUUGCCUAUCAAUGAUUGAAAUUUGCUACAAGGAAAAUAUAAAAUAUAUGGCAUUUCCAGUUACCAAUCUUAAGAAAUAUGAAUGUACAAGUAAACAAGUUGAUGCUUUUAAAAAUCUUAUAAAAGCAAUGGAUUUAACAAAUGCAUAUGAUGAAACAUAUGAUGACAGAGAAGCAUUCCCCAUUGCUGAAACAGUGAGUCCAUCUGUACAGUAUGUCUUAGAUUGCAUAUCAUUUCGUGCAAUGAAUCCUGACAAACCACUGCCAAAGCCCAGGGAUGAUAUCAUGAUGUUAUUUAAAGUACCUCCUCUGAUAGAAAAGAGAAGUCAAGAACCCCUUAAUGUUUUGAAGGAUUUGUUUAUUUUGAAAAAGGUAGAACAUAAAACAAGAGAUAAAAAAGUAAAUUCAACUCCAUUGAUACAAAACAACAUUAACCAAACAACUAUGGAUGUAGAUUCGAAUGAUCAAUCUAAUGAUAUGCCAAAAGUUCAACUUGCUACAGCGAAGGCAAUUGAAGUAAACAAUAUUGGAACAGAAAAUCCAAUCAGAGAUUUUGAGACUCUGUUAGAUAAAAAUCAAACAAUUUUCAACCUUUCCCCACAGAUGACAAAAGCUAUUGAACGUCUAUUCUAUAGUAAUUUUGAUGGGAACUUUUCAAAAGCAUUAAAUACAUUGAAAUAUUUUAGAAACAAGUGUGUGGAAACUGAUCCAACUUAUUAUAAUAAAUGGUAUAUUCAGUAUAGAAGCUCACUUACUGAAUGUAAGAAUGAAGAUAUAAUAAAUGUUAUUACUGAAAACAAACUAGGAUUUAUACUUAAAGAAGAGAAUGUUUUAAGCACAUAUGAAACCCCAGAUAGUCAUGAAGACAGUCAGUUAUAUGAAAAUGAUACAGUACCUGAUAUGACUGAGGUGGCUGUAAAAUCAGAUGUAUGUGAUAUGUUUGAUGAGAUGUAGAUUAUAAGAUACUGUUUUGGAAUACAAUUAAAUUUAAAUUUGUUAUUCAAUAAAUAAUAUUUUUUAUAAUAUUAAAUAAUGUUAUCACACAUUUCCAUUUUUAUGCACCAUGGUUUUAAUGCUAGUGUGCAAGCUUUCAUGGAUAAUAUUUUUUUUACUUAUUGUUAAAAAAUAAUAAAAAUUCGGAAAUAUU